AUGGUGGGAAGCUCAACUGGCCACCACCGGCAUGGUGGGAAGCUCAACCGGCCACCACCGGCAUGGUGGGAAGCUCAACCGGCCACCACCGGCAUGGUGGGAAGCUCAACCGGCCACCACCGGCAUGGUGGGAAGCUCAACCGGCCACCACCGGCAUGGUGGGAAGCUCAACCGGCCACCACCGGCAAGCAUUUGCUGGAGCUGGGGCUUUCUGGUAAGGCUGAGGAGGAGAGGCAGUCUGGUAAGGCUGAGGAGGAGAAGCAGUCUGGUAAGGCUGAGGAGGAGAGGCAGUCUGGUAAGGCUGAGGAGGAGAGGCUUUCUGGUAAGGCUGAGGAGGAGAGGCAGUCUGGUAAGGCUGAGGAGGAGUUGCAGUCUGGUAAGGCUGAGGAGGAGAGGCAGUCUGGUAAGGCUGAGGAGGAGAGGCAGUCUGGUAAGGCUGAGGAGGAGAGGCAGCCUGGUAAGGCUGAGGAGGAGAGGCAGUCUGGUAAGGCUGAGGAGGAGGAGAUGCAGUCUGGUAAGGCUGGGGAGGAGAGGCAGCCUGGUAAGGCUGAGGAGGAGAGGCAGUCUGGUAAGGCUGAGGAGGAGCUGAUGCUGUCUGUUAAGGCUGAGGAGGAGAGGCAGUCUGGUAAGGCUGAGGAGGAGCUGAUGCUGUCUGGUAAGGCUGAGGAAGAGGGGCAGUCUGGUAAGGCUGAGGAGGAGAGGCAGUCUGGUAAGGCUGAGGAGGAGAGGCAGUCUGGUAAGGUUGAGGAGUUGAGGAUGUCUGCUAAGGUUGAGGAGGAGCUGAUGCUGUCUGAAUUUCUGGUGACUCAACUUUAA